AUGGAGAGCAUCCAGCUUGCCCAGAUGCUAGCCGAUUUGAACAGUCUCAAGGCGGCGGAACCCGAUCGCGCAGCAGCCCUCGUGAACGCCAACACCAAGACGCCGGCGCCUGACCCAUCGAGCAAGCCGUCCUCGUCAUCGACAGACCAUCAUCACCCAGCUCAACCGCAUCUGCCAGGCUCUGCAGCCACCACUCCGUGCUCGGCCUCGCCCUUUGUCUCGCGGACUGCGUCUCCAGCAAAGUUUGACAAGUUCGGUCGGCGUAUCCUGACGCCGCCGAAUACUCGUACUAGCUCGGCGUAUGCCUCGCUGCCGGGGACCCCUAGGAAUGAGUUCGAGGACGAUGUAGACCGUGCCCAUGCCCUCAUGGCGCUGUACGAGAUCCGCGCCAAGCUCAAGGACCAGGACAGCCGCAGCCUGAACAAGCUGCGUGAAAAGAUUGCUGCGCUGCACGCUAAGCAACAGGCUGAACGGGGACACUUUGGGUUUGGCAAGCAGUCGUGA